UGACUUUUCCGACCGGAAGUUGCCUCUCGGACUGAGCCCUCCUCUUCCUGUCAGAGUAAAGCUCUUCUUCUUCUUCAGUAUGGCAGGCUGCGCGUGGAGGUCAAUGCUGUCCCAGGUGGUGGGGGGGGCCAAGAGGCCCGCCCUCUCUUCAGCUGCCUUCUUCUCCAGAGGGAUGCAGACGGUCACUCUGAUUCCUGGCGACGGGAUUGGACCAGAGAUCUCCAGCGCCGUCAUGAAGAUCUUUGAGGCUGCCAAGGCUCCCAUCAGGUGGGAGGAGAGGAACGUGACGGCCAUUAAAGGACCGGGAGGAAGGUGGAUGAUCCCGCCGGACGCCAAAGAGUCGAUGGACCGGAACAAGAUCGGCCUCAAAGGACCCCUGAAGACCCCCAUCGCCGCCGGUCACCCCUCCAUGAACCUGCUGCUGAGGAAGACCUUUGACCUUUACGCCAACGUGCGGCCGUGCAUCUCCAUCGAAGGCUACAAGACUCCGUACACCAACGUGGACCUGGUCACCAUCCGGGAGAACACGGAGGGCGAGUACAGCGGCAUCGAACACGUGAUCGUGGAGGGCGUGGUCCAGAGCAUCAAGCUGAUCACUGAGGACGCCAGCAGACGCAUCGCCGAGUACGCCUUCGAGUACGCCCGGAACAACCAGAGGAGCAGCGUGACGGCCGUCCACAAAGCCAACAUCAUGCGAAUGUCAGACGGUCUGUUUCUGAGAAAAUGUCGGGAGGUUGCCGAGGGUUACAAAGACAUCAAGUUCACGGAGAUGUACCUGGACACCGUGUGUCUCAACAUGGUUCAGGAUCCGACCCAGUUUGACGUGCUGGUCAUGCCCAACCUGUACGGAGAUAUCCUCAGUGAUCUGUGUGCUGGUCUGAUCGGAGGACUCGGAGUCACUCCCAGCGGGAACAUCGGAGCUAACGGAGUCGCCAUCUUUGAAUCGGUCCACGGCACGGCCCCCGACAUCGCCGGCCUGGACAUGGCCAACCCAACCGCCCUGCUGCUCAGCGCCGUCAUGAUGCUGCGGCACAUGGGUCUCCAUGACUACGGCAACAAGAUCCAGACGGCUUGUUUUGACACCAUCAGAGACAAGAAGGUGCUGACGAAGGACCUCGGAGGAAACUCAAAGUGUUCAGAGUUUACAGCUGAUAUCUGCCGUCGCAUCCAGGACCUGGACUGAAGCUAUGCACACGCCGCACGCCACACGCCACUGGGGGACGCUCUGACUCCCUCUGACUCCCCCUGACUCCCCCUGACUCCCCCUGACUCCCCCUGAUUCCCUCUGACUCCUACUGACUCCCUCUGACUCCCCCUGACUCCCUCUGACUCCCCCUGACUCCCUCUCACUCCCUCUUCACCUCCCUCUGACUCCCCCUGACUCCCUCUCUCUCCCUCCCUCCCUUCCUCCCUCCCUCCUUUAUCUCUGGUGUUUACAUAAAGAAUAAUCAUAUUUCCUGUAACGAGGCGAUAGAUAAGAAGCCUUUAUUGUCAUUAUGUUGGCGUAUAUAUGGCUUGUGUAGCUAGGGACGGGACAUGUGUCUCUGGGGGCGGGACUUGUGUAUCUGGGGGCAGGGCUUGUGUCGCUAGGGCGGGACUUAUCCCGUAGGAGGCGUGGCUUCUGCGGCAGCUACUCGGUCUGAUGAAACAUUCACAGCAAACAUACGCACAAAUGUUUUCAGUGACCAAUAGCGAAUGUUUUUACUCCGAGUUGAAUCACAACAUUCAUAUUAAUAACGUCAGCUCUCUGCUUUGUUUUUCUGGACAGUUUUUGGAUAUAUAUAUAUAUAUAUAUAUAUAAUCGGCUAUUUUUUUAACGGUAAACCUGUGUAACCGUAACUUAUUUAUUGUUUCCUGUUACUGUCUCAUGCUGCUCUCUCUCUCUCUCUCUCUCUCAUGAAUCUAUAAACUCAUAUAAAGGAGAACUCUGCUGUGUCUCUUCUGCUUUAUUCACAUGUUCAUUUAUUAAAAAGGGCUGUUUGGAAAGAUUAAA